AGCUCCAUGAAGACUGACUGAAUCAUGGAGGACAAACAAACAUUAAAACAAGAUAUUUCUCCAGAAUGCAGGGAGCGAUCAAACUCACCGGAGUCCAGCUGUGUGUCUAUGAAGAGUGACCGGUCUAUGGAGCAGCCAGUACAACUUGAGGGAGGACACACAUCAACUGAUCUGAGUGACAGAUCAAACUCACCGGAGCCCAGCUGUGUGUCCAUAAAGAGUGACCGGUCUAUGGAGCAGCCAGUAGAACUUGAGGGAGGACACACAUCAACUGAUCUGAGGGAGCGAUCAAACUCACCGGAGUCCAGCUGUGUGUCCAUGAAGAGUGACCGGUCUAUGGAGCAGCCAGUACAACUUGAGGGAGGACACACAUCAACUGAUCUGAGUCAUGACUCUCAACUGGUCCAAAGCACAUUCAAAUCAAAUCUGCUGAAGAAGUGUCAGUGUCUGUAUGAAGGAACAGCAGAGCAGGGAAACCCAACACUCCUGAAUGAGAUCUACACAGAGCUCUACAUCACAGAGAGUGAAAGUGGAGAGAUCAAUAAUGAGCAUGAGGUGAGACAGAUUGAGACACAAUCCAGGAGAGCAGCAACAGAAGACACACCAAUCAAAUGCAGUGACAUCUUCAGACCUUUACCUGGACAAGACAAAGCCAUCAGAACUGUGCUGACAAAGGGAGUCGCUGGCAUUGGGAAAACGGUCUCUGUGCAGAAGUUCAUUGUGGACUGGGCUGAAGAGAAAGAGAAUCAGGAUGUCCAGCUCAUGUUUCCACUUCCUUUCAGAGAGCUCAACUUGAUGAGGGACAAAACACUCAGUCUUUCAGAUCUUCUUCAUAUCUUUUUCCCUGAAACUAAACAAAUGGAAAUAUCCGGAGAUGAAUAUAAAGUGUUGUUCAUCUUUGAUGGUCUGGAUGAGUGUUGUCUGUCUCUGGAUUUUCAGAGUGAUGUGAGGUUGUGUGAUAUGAGUGAAUCAGCCUCAGUGGACGUGCUGCUGAUAAACCUCAUUGUGGGGAAUCUGCUUCCCUCUGCUCUCAUCUGGAUCACCUCCAGACCAGCAGCAGAUGAAGUCAUUCCCUCUGAGUGUGUCCAUCGAGUGACAGAGUUACGAGGCUUCAAUGAGCCACAGAAGAAGGAAUACUUCAGGAAGAGAAUCAGUGAUCAGAGUCUGGCCAAUAGAAUCAUCUCUCACCUGAAGUCAUCAAGGAGCCUCCACAUCAUGUGCCACAUCCCAGUGUUCUGCUGGAUCUCAGCCACUGUUCUAGAGAAGAUGUUGAGUGAAGCAGAGACUGGAGAGAUUCCCAAGACUCUCACUCAAAUGUACACACACUUCCUGCUCAUUCAGACCAACAUCAAACAUGAGAAGGACUAUGAGAAUAAAGUCAGAGAUGAAGUCAAAGAUGAAGACAUGAUUGUCAAACUGGGGAAACUGGCCUUUCAGCAGCUUUUGAAAGGCAACCUGAUCUUCUAUGAGGAAGACCUGAAAGAGUGUGGCAUUGAUGUGACAGAAGCAUCAGUGUACUCAGGAUUGUGCACUCAGGUCUUCAGAGAGGAGUUUGGCUUGAAUCAGGGGAAAGUAUUCUGCUUUGUUCAUCUGAGCAUCCAGGAACAUCUAGCAGCUUUAUAUGCACACCGCUCCUUUAUAAAUGACGACAUCAAUGUAUUUGUCCAAACCAAACAAAGACUCUUCUCCAAAGCUUUAGACCAGAAGAAAUAUAAUUCAAUAUAUCACCUGCAUAGGACAACUGUGAUUAAUGCCUUAAAGAAUGAGAAUGGACAUCUGGACCUUUUCCUGCGUUUUCUUCUGGGUCUCUCAUUGGAGUCCAAUCAGACUCUCUUACGAGAACUACUGACACAGACAGGAAGCUGCUUCUACAACAAAGAGGAAACAAUUCGGUACAUCAAACAGAAGAUCAGGCAGAAUCGCUCCCCAGAGAGAUCCAUCAAUCUGUUCCACUGUCUGAAUGAACUGGGUGAUCUUUCACUGAUGCAGGAGAUCCAACAUUAUCUGAAAUCUGGAAAAAUAAGAGAUGCCAAACUCUCCUCUUCACAGUGGUCAGCUCUGGUUUAUGUGUUGCUGACAUCAGAGCAGAAGAUGGAUGUUUUUGAUCUAAAAUGGUUUAUUGGAGCUCAAAAUACAGCGAAUGAAGUUCUUCAGAAGCUGCUGCCUGUGGUUAAAGAAUCCAGAUCAGUUCAGUAA